GAGAAUACUUCAAACUGCGCCCGGACUCUUACUUUCAUAGUCAUAUCCACAUAGCUAUUUAGACAUACUAUACCAUUGCGAUAGAAAGUCAUGUUCACUGGUAAAUAGGAAUUUAGCUUGUGAGGUCAACAAUGGCCUUGGCGACGGGCGCGGCUCCUAUGGACGUCAACCUUCCGUCCUUUCCUAAGAACAUUGUGCUGGAAAUAGUAUCAAAGUCCGUGGAGGGAACGUGCCUGCAUGACAGGCUCCCGCUUGCCAUGUGUCCAUGGACCGAGGACUCCCUGGCGGCUGCUCUUCAAAACGGUUCAGUUGAUACCUUCUUCCUUUAUGAAGAGGGUGGCGCGAGCCAACAGAGUGCGCGGAUCGUUGCUAGCAUCGCUCUGGUACUUAAGGACCAUGUCCUGCGGCGCUUUUGUUGCCGCGCGGAUGUUGUGGCGGCAUUGGAGGAAUUCAAGUGCACCAUGCUAGUAUGCGGCAGCUUUGCCGUUAACGAGGACGGCAGCAUGGUGACUUGGACACUUUCCCACAGCAAGGCGUGCCGUGUGGCAGGAACAGAGCAGUCCGGAUAUGACGGGCUCACCCGGGUACAGGCGGACAACCUGGCGGCAAGGGCAGCGCCUUCCACCCUCACCAAUGCAACGGGGGUCACAGCAGGAACGGAGGCGACCCGCUCAAAAAGUGCCACGAUGACAUUUGGCAAAUUGGAGACGGCCGUGUCUGGGCUACUGGACCCAGCUGUGACCCAAUCGCAGCGCAUCCAGUAUUGCAAAGCAAUUGACGCUGAGUGCAGGAACGGCCAGAACUCGUUGGUGAGGGAAGUCGCACACGGGGUCUGGCCACGGGAUGCUGGCAGUGGGCAUCUUGUCACCCUCAGCGACAUGUCAAAUGCGCACGGGAUUGCGUACACGGACCUGCUCGCGGGCGGCGUCGUUUACAACAUGCUUACGGUAGAGCCGGGUGACAACGUGCUGUAUGCUGGCUUGCCCACGGAGGACGGUAACAUCGCGGCCGCGGGCAUGACUUUCAACUUGGAGCAGCUGCGGUUGCUGGUGGAGGGGGCGGCGAAGUACGACUACCUAAAGACGGAUGCGGCAGCUCGGAAGGCAAGAGCUGCUAACCUGUACGAGCUUCCAUCGCUCGAGGAGCUGUGGAUGAAGGAGUGCCGCCCUUACUCGUCCACCGCCAAGGCCAACGAAUGUGGCAAGGGCAAGGGCGUGAACGACCCGAGGAAGGAUUUGCAGGACAAGGAGGCUUACGUGACAAAUCUCAAGACGAUGGCCAUGCGCGGGUCCAGCCUCUACACGGGAUACGCGAUUGUGGGCGGGGGUGCUGUCGUGCACCAACGGUGAAACGUGCCAAACCGUGACAUAGGGUGGGACCUUCCAACGGGGUAGGUUUACCAAACAACAGUCCUAUGCUUGAACUGUUGAGUGGGCGGUGCUGGCGUGAGCACCAGGGAUUAACCAGCUGCCCGAAGAUGGGG